AUGGCUUCCACAAAACGGGCAACAGCGACAUUGUCCGUUGAUGAAAUCGCCGCUAUGAGCGAUGCCGAGCUUGGCCAGUUCAUGACGAAACAUCGUUGUCCCGAUGGCGGUUAUGAACUUCCUGUCGACGGAUGGGACAAGCUGUCCAAGGAUGAACGCAGCCGUCUCGCCGAGAGACUGAAGGCCUAA